AUGCCUUCCUACACAGUCACUGUAACCACAGGCAGCCAAUGGUUUGCUGGCACAGAUGAUUACAUUUAUAUCACUCUGAUUGGAUCCAAAGGCUGCAGUGAGAAGAACUUACUGGACAAACCUUUCUACAAUGAUUUUGAAAGAGGGGCGGUAGAUUCCUAUGAUGUCACCGUAUCAGAAGAUCUUGGAGAGAUUCAGCUAAUAAAAAUCGAGAAACAUAAAUACUGGUAUAAAGAUGACUGGUACUGUCGACACAUCACAGUAAAGACUCCUGCGGGAGACUACUUGGAGUUCCCUUGCUACAGGUGGAUCAGCAACGAUAAAGAAAUUGUUCUUCGUGAAGGGACAGCAAAACUGGUCACACAGGAUAUAACACAGACCCACAAACAACACAGGAGGAAAGAACUGGAAGACAGGCAAAAACAAUACAGGUGGAAGGAAUGGCAUCCUGGUUUUCCACUGAGUAUUGAUGCUCACUGUCAUAGUGACUUGCCCCAUGAUAUUCAGUUUGACAGUGAAAAGGGUGUUGAUUUCAUCUUGAACUAUACCAAAGCGAUGGAAAACCUGUUUGUGAACAGCUUCAUGCACAUGUUCCAGUCUUCAUGGAGUGACUUUGCAGAUUUUGAAAAGAUCUUUGUCAGAAUUAGCAAUACAAUAUCAGAAUAUGUCAUGCAGCAUUGGCGGGAAGACUUCAUGUUUGGAUACCAGUUUCUUAAUGGCUGCAAUCCAGUUAUGAUACAAAAAUGCACCAAAAUACCAGAAAAUUUUCCUGUAACACAUGAAAUGGUAGAAGAAAGUCUUGAGCGGAAACUAACACUUGAACAGGAAAUUGAGCUUGGAAAUAUCUUCAUAGUUGAUUACGAACUUCUCGAUGGCAUCUCUGCUAACAAAACAGAUCCCUGCACCAUUCAAUAUAUUGCUGCACCCAUCUGUUUGUUGUACAAAAAUCUUGAGAACAAGAUUAUGCCGAUUGCUAUUCAGCUGGACCUGAAACCAAUAAAAAAUCCAAUUUUUUUGCCAUCCGAUGCACAAUAUGAUUGGUUGUUAGCCAAGAUAUGGGUCAGAUCAUCAGAUUUCCAUAUCCAUCAAACAGUGUCCCAUCUCCUGAGGAGUCAUCUCCUAACAGAAGUUUUUGCCAUUGCCAUGUAUCGGCAGCUACCAGCUGUUCACCCUGUUUUUAAGCUGCUGAUACCUCAUGUGAGAUUCACUAUAGCAAUCAAUACAAAGGCACGGGAACAGCUCAUUUGUGAAUGUGGUCUGUUUGACAAGGCCAAUGCUACAGGAGGUGGUGGACAUGUCGAGCUGGUACUGCGAGCCAUGAAGGAAUUCACUUUUGAGUCUCUUUGUUUACCAUCUGCAAUAAAGAUGAGAAAAAUGGAAAACAAGGAAGAGAUCCCAUAUUAUUUCUACAGAGAUGAUGGAAUGAAGGUCUGGGAUGCCACACUGAACUUUGCAAAAGAUGUGGUGGAUAUUUACUAUGACAGCGAUAAGACUGUGUCUGAAGACAGCGAACUUCAAGCAUUUGUGAAGGAUGUUUAUGUCUAUGGACUGCGGGACAAUGAGGCUUCUGGUUUUCCAAAAACUCUCAAGACUAAAGAAAUGUUGGUUGAGUAUCUCACACUUGUCAUCUUCACCGCAUCUGGGCAGCAUGCUGCAGUUAAUUUUGGCCAGUAUGACUGGUGCUCUUGGAUUCCAAAUUCUCCUCCCACAAUGCGCUGCCCCCCACCUACUAACAAAGGAGAGGUUACAAUAGAGUAUAUCAUUGAAUGUUUACCAGACAGAGGACGGUCAUGCUGGCAUCUUGGAGCUGUAUGGGCACUGAGUCAGUUUCAGGAUAAUGAGUUAUUCCUAGGAUUCUACCCUGAUGAGCAUUUUGUUGAGAAACCAGUAAAGAAAGCAAUGGCCAAAUUCAGGAAGAACCUUGAAGACAUCAUCAGUUUCAUCCAAGACCGAAACAAGAACAAGAAGUUGCCAUAUUAUUAUCUUUCUCCUGACAGGAUCCCUAACAGCGUUGCUGUUUGA